AUGCCUCAGGAGGCAGAGGUAGAUACUCUGAGCAAAGUCGGUCGCGGUGGAGCAGGCAAUUAUGUUUCCUCAAAGCAGGCAGCAGAGGCAACCAAAGAUCUUGAAGCGCAACGACUGAAGGCCCUCGCCUCCGCCCCGUCUCCGGCCCCGUCGCAAGGAUCCGCAAGGGCAGGCCGUGGAGGCGCCGGCAACUUCGCCGACCCGACGCAGGCCGCGCAGAGCCAGGACCAGCUCGCAGACGAGACGGGCGCCGCAGUGGCAUCGCGCCUGAAGAGGCAUCCGCAGCCUCACCGGGCAGGCUGGUCGGGACGCGGCGGGGCGGGCAACUUCAACGCGGAACAGGCUGCUGAGCGCGAGAGGCAGCUGGAGGAGGAAGACAAGGGCAAGGCGGCUGAGCUGGAUAGGAAGAUCAAGGAGGCAGUUGAGGGGGCGUUGAGGCCUCCUGAGAGGGCACACCAGCAUCAGAGAAAGGAGGAGGAGGAGGAG